AUGACGGCGCCGCUCGGGCUCCCCCCGCGCUGGCCCGACGCGCUCGGCUGCCGCUGCGAGGACGCCCCGCGGGAGAAGCCGCGCAUGGAGAGCCUGGGCCCGUGCCGGGACAGCCUGGGCCCGUGCCGGGACAGCCUGGGCCCGUGCCGGGACAGCCUGGGCCCCUGCCGGGAGAUGCUGCCCCACGGCGUGGCCCCCCCGGCCGCCGCCGCCCCGGACGGAGCCGCGUUCGCGGAGCUGGCGGGCGCGGAGCCGCCUCGGCAGUGCCCGUCCGGAGCACCCGCGCUGGGCUACGGCUACGCCUUCGGCGGGGGCUACUACGGCUGCCGCCUGGCCGGCGUCAACCUGCAGCAGAAGCCCUGCGGCUUCCACCCGGCGGACAAGUUCCCCGAGGCCGGCGGCUCCCUGGCGAGCGAGGAGCUGCCCGCCAGGGCCAAGGAAUUCGCUGCCUUCUACCCCGGCUUCCCCGGCUCCUACCAGGCCGUGCCCGGCUACUUGGACGUGUCGGUGGUGCCGGCGCUGGGCGCGCACCCGGAGCCGCGGCACGAGGCUUUGCUUCCCAUGGAAGGAUACCAGCCCUGGGCGCUGCCCAACGCCUGGGACGGGCAGGUUUACUGCUCCAAGGAGCAAUCGCAGUCCGCGCACCUCUGGAAGUCGCCGUUCCCAGACGUGGUCCCGCUGCAGCCCGAGGCCGGCGCGCUCCGCCGGGGCCGCAAGAAGCGCGUCCCGUACUCGAAGCUGCAGCUGAAGGAGCUGGAGAAGGAAUACGCCAGCAGCAAAUUCAUCACCAAAGAGAAGCGGCGCCGCAUCUCGGCCAGCACCAACCUGUCCGAGCGCCAGGUCACCAUCUGGUUCCAGAACCGCCGCGUCAAGGAGAAGAAAGUGGUCAGCAAAGCCAAGCCCGGACACCUCCACCCCACCUGA